AUGGCUUCAACUCCCGAAUAUCAGCCCUUCCUGAAAUACUCGGACGACCCGGCGGCCGAGGAGACCAGUCCUCCACAGCAUCCCGUUAAACGCCGUACGACAGUACUAUCCCACGUGCUGGUCUUCGUUGCGACAUCUUUAGUGUGGGGUUUCGUCGUUUUUCUCAUCGUCCCUUCACCAUUGCCGACAAGCUCGACGCAAGUCUCGGCAUCGACUCACCCCACGAUACUGGAGAAUCACCUCGCCGGCAUACGGCACAACGUCACUUCGGGCAAGCGUCUUAUAAAUUGCGGCAACUCGACCGAAGAAGCAAAAGCCCAAGGAUGCAAAUAUGACAUCUUGCUCAACCACUGGGUCCCCGGACCUUGUUUUGACAAAGAAUUGGUCGACGAAUAUCGCGAUGACAAUAGCUGGGGCGCAUUCUCUGAUAUAAACAUGACGCACCGCCUGACUAUUGACGAAAUGUCAAACCGAGACUUUUACUGGACGUCGAUUCGCGAUCACAUUAACCAUUGCGCUAUCAUGUGGAGGCGGCAAUUCUACGUUCUCUUCGACGAAAGGCGCGCCAUGGAUACCGUCGUCACAAGUCCAGGGCACACCGAGCACUGCUCCCAGUACUUGAUGGAUGUCACAGAAGGAAUGUUUAAGGAGCCGACGAAGACAAUGAGGGGGUUUGCCGGUUGUUGGAUUAAGGAUUGA